AUGAUGUGGCAAAGAUCACUGCUGGUGCUGGUGCUGCUGCUGGGGCGGGGGGCCCAGGGGAAGCCGUCUCCCGACGCAGGCCCUCAUGGCCAGGGGAGGGUGCACCAGGCGGCCCCCCUGAGCGACGCCCCUCAUGACGACGCUCACGGGAACUUUCAGUACGACCAUGAGGCUUUCUUGGGACGGGAAGUGGCCAAAGAAUUCGACCAGCUCAGCCCUGAGGAAAGCCAAGCCCGUCUGGGCGGGAUCGUGGAUCGUAUGGACCGGGAUGGGGACCGGGACGGCUGGGUGUCUCUGGCUGAGCUCCGCGCGUGGAUCGCGCACACGCAGCAGCGGCACAUACGGGACUCAGUGAGCGCGGCGUGGGGCACUUACGACACGGAUCAUGACGGGCGUGUGGGCUGGGAGGAGCUGCGCAACGCCACCUACGGCCACUACGCCCCCGGGGAAGAAUUCCACGACGUGGAAGAUGCCGAGACGUACAGGAAGAUGCUGGCCCGCGACGAACGGCGUUUCCGGACGGCCGAUCAGGACGGGGACUCGAUGGCCACUCGGGAGGAGCUGACGGCCUUCCUGCACCCCGAGGAGUUCCCCCACAUGCGGGACAUCGUCAUCGCUGAAACAAUGGAGGACCUGGAUAAGAACAAAGAUGGCUACGUCCAGGUGGAUGAGUACAUUGCGGACCUGUACUCGGAGGAGCCCGGGGCGGAAGAGCCCGCCUGGGUGCAGACGGAGCGGGAGCAGUUCCGCGACUUCCGGGACCUGAACAAGGAUGGGCGGCUGGACAGCAGCGAGGUGGGCCACUGGGUGCUGCCGCCCGCCCAGGACCAGCCGCUCGUGGAGGCCAACCACCUGCUGCACGAGAGCGACACGGACAAGGACGGCCGUCUGAGCAAGGCCGAGAUCCUGGGAAACUGGAACAUGUUUGUGGGCAGCCAGGCCACCAACUACGGCGAAGACCUCACACGUCACCACGACGAGCUCUGAGCGCCACGUGCGCACUACAGCCAUGGCCCCGCCCCGC